AGUCUCUAGUAGUUUUCCAGCUUGCAAUUCGCAGAGCACUACACAUUUUCAUACUACACUGACUGACAUAUCUUUUGACAAUAUCAUCAAAAAAUUAAACACUCUAUCUCUCUCUCUCCAUGAUAAAUACAGUAAUGUUCUUACAUUAUACUCUAGCUACCUACAGUAUAUAGGUUACACUUCUUUGUCUCAGUUUUACAAAAGCCAAAAAACUUUACAAAUCAAAAAAAGAGAGAGACAGAGAUCCAAUGGUGAGAGCCCCAUGUUGUGAGAAAAAAGGUUUGAAAAAAGGACCAUGGACUCCAGAAGAAGAUGCUCUUUUGAUUGAUAAUAUCAACAAAAAUGGGUCUGGAGGUUGGAGAUCUGUUCCUCAACUUGCUGGCCUUAAGCGCUGUGGGAAGAGCUGUCGUCUGCGCUGGGUAAACUACCUCCGGCCCAACAUCAAGCGUGGUCCCUUUACCCCUGAAGAAGAAAAGCUAGUUAUCCAGUUACAUGCCAUUCUUGGCAACAGGUGGGCUGCAAUUGCUGCUCAACUAGGAAGAACAGAUAACGAGAUCAAGAACUUAUGGAACACUAAUUUGAAAAAACGCCUUUUGUCCAUGGGAAUUAAUCCACAGACCCACGAGCCAAAUAGCUUGGAUGGUUCAACUAAACGACUCCCCAGGUCUCCAUCCACUCGACACAUGGCACAAUGGGAAAAUGCCAGGCUGGAAGCCGAGGCCCGACACUCGACAGAAUCUUCAGCUUCAUUACAAGUCAAACCACAUGAACAGAUAAACACAACCGACUAUUUCCUACGUCUUUGGCACUCAGAAGUUGGCGAAUCUUUCAGAACUGGGAAGCCGGCCUGCUUUAGUCCAGUUUCCCAGGCCUCAGUCUCUGGAACAACCAACGAAAUCAGGGUUAAACUAGAGCAUGAAGCAGACACAGAUUUCUCGUGUGCAACAAGGAGUGAUGAUGGGGAAGGCGUAACCUUCUACAAUGGGGUUACGAAGCAGUCAAGCCCAAGUGAAAUGGAGGAUUCAUCCGAUACUGUGCUACAUUUGUUCUUUGAUUUCCGCGGGUACAAUGAUAUGAGCUUCUUAGAAGAUCAGAUCGAUUAGAAGUCAUGGAUUCUAUUUUGGUAGGCGUGCUUGACCGGUAUAUAUAUGAAGACUUAAGUUUCUUUUUCCCAAGUCUUCAGUGUAAUUUGAUUAGUAGUAACCAACAUGUUGCAGAAACUUUCAUAUAUAAUAUGAUUAUAAUAUUCUUAAUGAAAA